AUAGAAUAGUGACUGGUCUGGAAGCCUAUUGUUAUACGCUUUUGUUUGCGCGUGGAUGUUGAUUCACUCUGAGAUUGGUGGUCACGUGCCAAAGAGAGUGCAAACAAUUUCGAACAUGGCGGACGCAAACACCCCGGUUGCUAGCAAUAAUUUACACUUCGAAGAAACACUAGAGCUUGCUCUCGACAUUUUGAUAGAUGACGAAGAUUUUGGAUCUGUAUAUGAUGAAGAAGUGCUUUCGGUGGUAAAAGAGAUUUCGCAUGACGGCUCACUAGCUUGUGAAAAUUGCAGCAAGAAAUACAAGACCGAAGCGGGCCUAAGAAGGCACAUAAAAUCGAAACACGUAUCCCACAAGCAGACCAGACAAUUCAGUGGUGAAGACAUCGUUAAGUUGGUCAAUGAAGCCAAGAAUGAACUUGCAACUGAUAAAUGCUAUCCAGUUGAACUUUGCAAUGCUAUUAAAAUGUUUGUGUUUGACAAAGAAAGUGAAAACCUAAGAACGGAAUUGUUGAAACAUUGCAGCAGACUUUGGAAAAAUUCAGAUGCUGAGAAAUUUUAUUCUGAGUAUUAUGGUUCAGUUGUGAUGAAUGCUGAAAAGUUUUUCCCAAAUUUACCCUUUCCUGGGUGCACACUGGUUGCAACUAAACUAGCAGACAAGAUUGUCUCCCAUUUCAAGACACCAGCAAAGCAAAUAGCAGUCCCAAAGAAAAUCACUGAACAGGAGAUGUUCAGUUUACAAUAUCUGGCAGGAUAUGUUGUGCAUUCUGUUGUUAAGAAACUGCACCAAGUCUCAAACGGCCAAAAAUCAAAAAGCUCUAUAGCUAUGUUAACAUUUUUGAAUUCAUUGAGACUGGAAGAUAUUUCAGCUCAACAGCAAAUACAAUGCCAAUCAAGAGGAGGUUUAUGGGGAGUGAACAAUGAUUGUGUUAGGUUUUUCAGCUAUGUAGAAGAAGAGUUCCGCAAGGCAACAGAAUCUGGACACAUCACCAAGAUCAACUGCAACAAGCUGACAGAAAUCUUAGUUGAGAGAGUUGAUGUGGUCAGUUCUUUCAGUGCCAUGGAGGAAGGAUCCCUGUGUGAAAUGGACAAAGAGACAAAGAAGAAUCUCCUUGAAAAACUUAUUCAGCUGUACUUGCGAGUUAGGGCAUUUUCAUUUGCAAAAACCAACACACAACUUCAUUGCAAAAAAUCCAAAGCAUUACGUAAAUCUUUGAAAUUACAGGGGUUGUAA